GAAAAUUCAAGUUUUUUGAAGCGAUCAUGUGAUAAACGAAGCCACCUUCAACAACAUUUGUCACUCGCGGUUAUAAAACAGGGUAACUAACGUGUCCCUUCGCGACGCUCGGGUGACCUUUGCUCAGUUUAGCAACUUGUUGAUAGUUUAAGACUGAGACUAGAGUGCUUUACAGCUGUGUCACAAAAUGGAGAUAACAUUUAGUGGAAAACGAGCUUUAGUGACUGGAGCUGGCAAAGGGAUCGGGCGGGCCACUUCUCUAGCUCUGGCACGCUGUGGGGCAGAGGUCACGGCUGUCACACGCACCAAGGUUGACCUGGAUAGCCUAGUGGAGGAGUGUCCCUCCAUCAAGCCGGUAUGCGUGGACCUGUCGGACUGGGAAGCCACAGAGCAGGCGCUGAAAGACGUCGGUCCGGUGGAUCUGCUGGUGAACAAUGCAGCUUGCGCUAAACUUCAGCCCUUUCUGGAGGUCACGCCAGAUCAGUUUGACAUGUCUUUUAAUGUCAAUGUAAAAGCUGCGUUACAUGUUGCACAGAUUGUGGCUAAAGGUAUGAAGACCAGAGGAAGUGGAGGCUCCAUAGUCAAUGUUUCUAGCCAGGCUUCACAAUGUGCCGUGCAAGAUCAUGCUGUAUACUGUGCCACAAAAGGAGCAUUAGACAUACUGACCAAAGUGAUGGCGCUGGAGUUGGGGCCACAUCAGAUAAGGGUAAAUUCGGUGAAUCCAACUGUGGUAAUGACCGAUAUGGGUAAGAUUGGGUGGAGUGACCCAGCAAAGGCCAAGAGAAUGACAUCACGUAUCCCACUAGGAAAAUUUGCAGAAGUGGAAGAUGUGGUCAAUUCCAUUCUCUUCCUGUUGAGUGAUAAAAGUGCCAUGACCAAUGGAGUCAUCCUGCCUGUGGAUGGGGGUUUCCUGGCUUGCUAAAGAGACUAUUACUUCUAAUUGAUUUUUAUUCUCGAUUCAACUCAAUGAAUAAAGAUUAUUUAGAAUAUUAUAUUAUAUUAUAAUAUAGACUGAAUGAAUGAAUGACAGGCUCGCCUCUCGCUCCUUGGUAACAUCGUGCAAGGCAAAAAAAAGGGUGACAUCUAGGGGAGAAGACUAGUAAUUAGAUUAACGUUAAUCUUACGUUCAAUGUUUACGUUAAUAAAAUUGGGGGAAAAAAUUGAUUCGGGGCCUGUGAGAAUCGAUUUUAAAUUGA